ACUAGGGUCCUUCGAUGGGAAGUUUUACCACAUAGAUUACUAUUUUUGUUUACUUCUUUUAGCAACAUGCCGUAAUUUAAACUGUUUCCUUUGACAACAAAGAUGGCGACUCUCAUACUAGACAAUGGUGCGGGAACAGCCAAAGUAGGAUUUUCAACUGAUUCAGAACCUAAAAUUAUACCCAACUGUGUGACAAAAGCCAAAAAUGUCAGAACACGAAUAUUCAUUGGAGACCAAAUUGAAGAAUGCAAAGACCUGUCAAGCCUAUAUUAUUUGCUGCCAUUUCAGAAGGGUUUCCUUGUUAACUGGGAAAUAGAAAAACAAGUUUGGGAUCAUAUGUUUAGCAAAGAUGUCUGUCAGGUUGAUUUCAAUGAGACGGCGCUGCUAGUGACGGAACCUUUCUUUAAUUUUCCUUCCAUUGGUGAAUCCAUUAACGAAGUCAUCUUUGAAGAAUACCAGUUCCAGGCCUUACACAGAACUCAAGCACCCACACUUUCAUGUUACAAACAUCAAACAGAUAAAGUCACAAGUGGCAGUCUCUUUGGGACCUUGGUUGUUGACUCUGGCUAUUCCUUCUCACAUAUUGUUCCAUUUUAUAAAAACAAACCUCUCAAAGAAGCCAUUAUACGUGUAAAUGUUGGGGGCAAAGUUUUAACAAAUCAUCUCAAAGAAGUUAUAUCAUACAGACAGCUGAUGGUUAUGGAUGAGACCUAUGUCAUCAACCAAAUGAAGGAAGAUGUUUGCUAUGUAUCCACACAGUUUAAAAAAGAUAUUAGUAUAGCCAGGUUAAAGUACCCAGAAAAUACAAUCAGUCGCGACUACAUACUUCCAGACUAUACACAUAUUAAAAGAGGUUAUGUGCGCGCGCCAGAAGACUCAGGCAAGGCAAAGGGAGAUGAGCAGAUGAUCAGAAUGAACAAUGAAAGAUUUGCCAUCCCAGAACUGUUGUUUUAUCCAUCUGAUGUUGGCAUUCAGGAGAUGGGACUCUCAGAGAGUAUCAUGCAUUGUAUGACGCUAGUCGACAAAGAACUAGUCCCACACCUACUGAAUAACAUUGUACUCACUGGGGGCAAUGCUCUUUUACCAGGAUUCCAAGACAGAGUAUUCCAAGAUGUCAGAAGUAUGGCAAGUGAUGAUUAUGAUGUUGGCAUUUCAACACCUUCAAAUCCACUGACCUAUGCCUGGCAGAGUGGAUGUGAUCUGGCCCUGGAUCCAAUUUUCCCAUCAAUGUGUGUUUCAAGGCAUGACUAUGAAGAACACGGCCAUGUAGCUUGUAUCAAUAAAUUUAAUGUGUCUUGAA